CGAUCGGCACCGGAUUAUAGUUGACGACCUAUUGCCAUUCCUGCAGGUCGGCGAACACAACGUACGGCGCACCGCGAACCAGACGGUGCACGCACGUGAUCCGGGCGCGCUUUCGAGUUUUCGUUUUAUUCGAUUCGAUAAUUUUUCAUUUUUAUUUAUUUAUUUUUUUUUUUUUUCUACUCCCCCAUUCCCAAAAACGCGAUAAACGAGAACGGAAAAUAAUAAAAUAAAAUAAUAACGUUGAAAUGUUCGAAGCGCAAUAAUCCCGUUCUGUUUGUUCGUUCCUGUGCACAAUACCUGUACUCGUAUCGUACUCGACGCGUUAUUAUUGCAGGCCGACGACGGAAAAAACCGCACCAUGAUUGGAACCGUUCUGAUCAAUUUCUUUCUGCUCGGAUUGUCCAGUUCUGCGUUGGCCGACCUUUCGUGUGUACCAGAGUCAAGUACUUUAAACACAAAAGAACCUUCUACAAAUAAAUCGCAUUUUUACGACCCUUUCACCACCCAAAGUAAUCAUGAACGAGAAAAAACACCUUAUAACAUACGAAACUUAAAUGAUGCAGUGUUCUCCAAUCCUUUAGGAACGAAGCAAUGUAAAGUUUCGGGAGUGCUUUACAACCACAGCCAAAAAAUACUGUUUACUGACCACUGUAAGGCGUGUAUUUGCAUCGACGGUCAAAUAUUUUGUUACUGGCAGUGUGAAGAAACGGCUCAUUACUCAACUGGUGAAGAAAUUGAAGAUUAUACUCCAUCUACGUCCACGGCAAACGUAAUUUCAACUACCUUCGAAACUGAAGAAAGUUCAAAAGUGACAAACAGUAUACCACAUUCAAGCCCUUUAGAUAUUUUACAGUCAACCACGAUUUCACCCAACGAAACAACUGAACCAUUUUGUCUUGUUAUGGGGGUUAGAUACCAACCUGGUAGUGUUUUACCGAGAGACACGGGAUCCUGUUUAGAAUGCCAAUGUGGCCGGAACUCGCAGAUUACAUGUAGCCCAAAGGACUGUAUAACGUUAAAUUCGUUAAGUGAUGAAGAUACCUCCGAACCAGAAUUCUAUGGUAACAAUAACGGCGAACAGAACAAUGGCAAUUUCAAUUUAGAUAUGUUUGCUGUUAAUGUUGUUUAAAAAAAAAAAAAUUCAUUCAAAAAUCUUUUACAAUACAAUUAACGACGUUUAUUUAACAAUAAUAAUUACUCGUAAUGCCCAUUAAACAUUAUAAUCCACCCGUAUGUUUUUGUUUUACUUUAACACAAAUUUACCAGUGAAUUUAGACACAUUUUUUUCGACAGUGAAUAAUUAGUUUUUGUAACUACAUCAAUUAAGAACAUUUAUUAUUUAAUAUUAAAAUAUAAGAAACGUUUAAUCUAAAAUACACUUAUCGUCCGAAUAAAAAUAAAUUCUUCGUUGGAUGUCACGGUUUCAUAAUUACUAUUUCUUAUCAAUUACAAAAAUAAAUUAGUGUUUGAAAAUAAAUUAAUGUUUGUUUAUUAAAAUGUAUGUUGUUUUGCUUCCUUGUUUAAGAAAUAUCCUGAGCAACAUACAUAGAACACUGAACAACUCGUUAACUAUAAUAAUAAAUAUUAUACCAAUCAAGUAUUUGAUAUUUGAACAAUGCACACUUAAUGCACCUAUCAUUAAAAUUAAGUAACAAAUGUAAACAAUAAAUUACCUUCACUUUAUACAACAAAAAUAUUAAUAAAUAACUGAAUCCUUAAACUUGUACUUGCACUAGAUUUAUAUAAAAAUUAAGUUAACUCUAAAUAAUUCCCUACUGUUAUUCUUUAUUUUCUGUCAUGCAUCGCUAGAAAGAAAUUAACGACAUUUUAAUACCAUAAAAAUACUAAAAUAUUGA